GAGAGUCUACAUAUAUUGUUAAAUCGGCUCAAGGUGAAGGAGAUUAUCUCGUUGAACAUACUAAUGAUAACGUUUUUAAUUUGGGCUACGAUUGUGAAGCUUUUAUGAGAAGCUCAACAACAUGCAAUCAUAUAUUUGCUGUUUCACGAAAUGAUGUUACCAAUAUCCAAAGAGAAAAUGAAAGGUCUGAUGAGCUUAACGGUAACAAUGAUCAAUGGGUUGAGCGUUUAAUAAUGCUUCGUCGGAAAAUUGAUUAG